CGCCCCCUCCCACGCAGCGCGGUUCCGGCGGGUGGGAAGGAGGGGCUGGGCUCCCAGCGCCCGCCCCUCUAUCCAUCACAUGGCCGGAGAGUCACAAAAACAACAGCUUUGGCCAAGACCGUGACUUCAGGAAAGGGAACCCGGGGCUCUCGCAGCCAGCCCUCCUGCCCAUGGAGGACAGUUUCCUUGAGUCUUUUGGGAGGCUGAGCCUCCAGCAGCAGCGGCAGCGGCAGCCGCCACCCCGGCCGCCCCCGCGGGGGACACCUCCGCGCCGCCACAGCUUUAGGAAACACCUCUACCUCCUGCGAGGCCUCCCGGGCUCCGGGAAAACAACACUGGCCAGAUGCUCAGAAUGGAGCAGCAGACAAAGGAGACAAAAAUCCCUGCCUUCGUGGAACAUGAAUUCUAUAAGAGAAAAGAAAUUUCUAAGGAAAGAAGGCAAUUUUAGCAUCUGCUCUGCUCCGCUGUCUCAAAAAAUAAAAGGAGUUCACAGAUAUGCCACUGGAGGUAUAUAUACCCAGGAAGAGUCCACAAACGCACAAGAGUGUUCUAGGUACUUGGGACUCAUCAGUGAACAAAACAAAGAUCCUGCCCUUGUGGACCUUAUGAGCCAGAGACAAUUGCAGCAUGACUUUCCCAGGGCCCUGAUUUUCAGCACAGAUGAUUUUUUCUUCAGGGAAGAUGGUGCCUAUGAGUUCAAUCCUGACUUCCUGGAGGAAGCUCAUGAAUGGAACCAAAAAAGAGCAAGAAAAGCAAUGAGGAAUGGCAUAUCCCCCAUUAUUAUUGAUAAUACCAACCUCCACGCCUGGGAAAUGAAGCCUUAUGCAGUCAUGGCACUUGAAAAUAACUAUGAAGUUAUAUUCCGAGAACCUGACACUCGCUGGAAAUUCAACGUUCAAGAGUUAGCAAGAAGAAACAUUCAUGGUGUCUCAAGAGAAAAAAUACACCGAAUGAAAGAACGGUAUGAACAUGAUGUUACCUUUCACAGUGUCCUUCAUUCAGAAAAACCAAGCAGAAUGAACAGGAACCAGGACAGGAAUAAUGCAUUGCCUUCCAACAAUGCCAGAUACUGGAAUUCCUACACAGAGUUUCCAUACCGGAGGGCUCAUGGCGGAUUCACAAAUGUGAGCUCCUAUAACAGAAGGGGCGGUUGUCACCAUGGAGAUUAGAGGCCUAUCUUAUUCCCAUUCAGAAUUUUCCCAAGUCAGUUUCUACUUCGGUUUUUAUUAUUUAUUCUUUGUGGCAUUUUAGUCAGAGUUCCAAUUCCAGUGUAAAUAGGUGAACUCAAAAGUUUCUGAGCAAAGUCAUUAUAUUAUCUUCACCAAAAUUUGUUAAAGUGCUUCUAUAUGCAUGGUCUGAUGCUGGGAAUUCUGCAGGUUUGAUUAAACAGUCUCUUUCUCUAGGGAAAUAAUUUGAAACCAAAACUUGAGAACACACCCAAGAACAUAAUUAUUUACAUAGUUUCAUAGAUGAAAUAAAGUGUUUAUAUUAUAUAUAAGCUUCAGUACCAUUUUCUCUGAAGUGAUCUAUUUAUUUUUUCAAGAAAUUCAUCUCCAUCAAGAAAGUUGGGAAGGUGGAGAGAAGUGGUUGUGGGGGCGGGGGUGGGGGGCAGGAAAAGUUUGGGUGCCAUUGCUACUUUGAUCCUCUAUGUAUCUAAAAAUGUAAGAUGUGCGACUCUAUGAUGAUACUGAUUUUCCUUUAAUAUUAGUAUGCCAGAAAGUAUACAUCUAAGGGAACACUGUCCUUCAAAGUAGGCACUUUGGGAGGUUAUUCCUGUAAUUAUGUAUCAUUGUUAAAAAUGCUGUCAAAUCCUUAAGAGCUAUAGGAGCUAGAGGGAAAUCAGUGUCCUUACUUAAAAGUCACACCCUGUGUUCUUACUACCACUUUAUUUAGCAGGAUUACACCUGAAUAACUUUUGGCUGCUGUGCUAAUAGUGUAAAUAAAAUAAGGCUGCCUUCAUAAAACACUUUUUAAAUGAAUAGCUAAACAACUUCUAAAAUUAUGCCUAUUAACAUGUGUAAUUAGUUGGCAGCUCAAAUGUUUGGGAGUGCAAGAAAUUAAGCACCCCAGGAUAUAGUUCAUACAGGGAUAUAAAAGCCAUGCUCAUUUCAAAAUGAGCAGUUGAUGUUUUAUGUGGCAUUAUUUAAGACAAUAAAGUCCUCAUAACUCUGGAAUGUCUUCUUAUACUGACAUGGAAUUUAUGAAUCUAAAUUAAUUUCCAACAGGUUGGGGAAACAUUUAAUGUGAGACCAUGAUAGAUAAGACCGCAGAGGAUGUAUGCUCUAUAUCUUGUUAGCCAACAGCUUCUUUUUAAUGUUCUGUGAAAACUUUUAAGUGUCCUAUAUAUUGGUGCUUUUAUGGUUAUUAAAAAUUGUAAAUGGUAUCACA